AUGCGUCGGUGGCUCUUUACAAUAGUCGGGCUGGCCCCCAUAGUACAUACCGUCCUCUACGUACUCACAUCAGUAGUGGAUGCUACAUGCCCAGAUGACACGCUGGCGGUUUGCUUUUCACUAUAUAACUACCUGAACAUCGGCAAAGCGGUACAAACGAUCCCAGUGCAAUUUCCACGGCAAGGUGGAUCCUGCUUGGACAACAGGAGUGACAACGGACUCGAUAACGAUAAAACGUUUUGGCAUGAACGAUGUUGUUUAAUCUCUAGGUUGUUACCCCUAAACCCCCCAUUCGGUACCCAAGGCCAAUUUCGGAUCACCAAGAAGAUGGUAGACACGUCACGUGCGAUUGAUGAUCGUCCACCCAGAAAGCUCCACACAGACCGUUUUUGA